AUAAGGCACGUUAUCAAUGCCAAAUUCCUUCACGAUCGAAUUUAAAAUAAAUGUACUUUAUAUAUCUCUUAUAUUUCAAUACCUCAGAAUGUCUAAAGACUGUAAGCAAGAGAUCAAAUCAGAACAAGUGGAGAACCCAGAAAAGUCAAACGGUUUCCUCUGCCCAAUGUGUGGAGCACAUUACUUUUCAGAAGACUACUUUGUUGAGCACAUCAAAGAACAUAAAACAAAAUCAAAUUGUAAAAUAAAACAAGAACUUACAUCUGAAUCAGAUAAACCAUCUGUUUUUAUCUGUCCAGUUUGUGCUGAACAUGUUUACUCAGAUACUCAGUUAAUAGAACAUGUAAAACAGCACCAUGAUCAUAACAGCCCAGAAAUUCCUGACUACUUUGAUACUUCAGAUAACUUGACUGGAACAGAUCCUCAGAGGACAUUAGUUCUGUCUCCUAGUGAGAGUCCGCCUGUGAGACCCUUAAAGUGUUCUGAGUGUUCAUAUGCUACAAGACGAGCAAGUGAUCUUAGAAAUCAUAUGAGAAUUCACUCAGGUGAGAAACCCUUCAAAUGUUCUGAGUGUCCAUAUGCUGCAAACCAAGCAAGUAAUCUUUCUAGACAUUUGAGAAGUCACUCUGGAGAGAAACCCUUCAAGUGUUCUGAGUGUUCAUAUGCUACAAGACGAGCAGGAGAUCUUACGAAGCAUAUGAGAAGUCACUCAGGUGAGAAACCCUUUAAGUGUUCUGAAUGUUCAUUUACUGCAAGACACGCAAGUAAUCUUUCUGUACAUAUGAGAAUUCACUUAGGUGAGAAAGCCUUCAAGUGUUCUGAGUGUUCAUAUGCUGCAAGACGAGCAGGCGAUCUUACGAAUCAUAUGAGAACUCACUCAGGUGAGAAACCCUUUAAAUGUUCGGAUUGUUCAUAUGCUGCAAAACAAGCAAGUCAUCUUUCUAGACAUUUGAGAAUUCACUCAGGUGAGAAACCCUUCAAGUGUUCUGAGUGUUCAUAUGCUACAAGAUUAGCAGGCGAUCUUACGAAGCAUAUGAGAACUCACUCUGGAGAGAAACCCUUCAAGUGUUCUGAGUGUUCAUAUGCUACAAGACGAGCAAGUAAUCUUACUAGACAUUUGAGAAUUCAUACUACUUAGUCAGAAAUACAGAACUACAUUGCACCUUAUCACCGGACACUGUGGGUUAUUAAACAAACACCUUCGUACCAUCUGCAAAUCUAGCAUCAGUGCAUAUCCGAUAUGUGACCACGAGGAAGAGACCAUCUCAUAUUUUCUAAGACAGUUUUCUCGUUCCCAUCUAUUG